CGCGCGCGCGCGCGCCCCUCCUGCCAUGUGCAAAGUAGUUUUUAGGUCACAGUAUUGUUCCUACCUACAGUAUAUAGCAAAAACAAAAGUUUAGUGAAUAAAUCUACCGCGUGUGCUUUUUCUCUUCUCGUUUAUUUGAUUGGAAAAAUGACUAGUUGUAGCCCAUUAAAUCUGUCUUCACAACCACCGAUAGGUCACACCAGAUUUGAAGAAGCGGGCCUUGGGAAAUGGGUCUGCUAUAUAUCCCCUCUACAGACAGUAAUUGAGACCCUACAGUUGCUCUUUUCUCCUUACCCAAGUAAUACAUAGAGAGGUUCUCACUGAGAAAAAUGCAAAUAGCCUAAAAGCAUGUGGAGUAACAGACCCUCAGCACAGGUGGCCACUGUAAAGUCAUCGCAUCCUCCUCCCAUCGCUCACUUAAUGUAUGCAAGAGGCUAUGUACAAAGACACAGUUUUAUUUUUCCCCAAGUGAACACAUAGUCAGAUCUCUAAUUCUACAGCCCUGGUUUCCUUUCCCUCUGGAAAAGGAGGGGAGUGAGUGAGGCGCUUCAGGGAGGACUCUGCAUUGACUCCUGGCUCCACCAUCUGCUGACAGAGUUGUUUACCACUCUGGGCCUCAGUGUCUCCAUCUGUACAAUGAGAACCCCAAUGCUGACUCUAGCUGUAGGUAUCCAUAGAUGGUUAGGUCGGUGAUUCCGAGAAAGGUCAGCUGCUGCGUCUUCCCGGCUGCCAUGGCUGUCUUCUGUGGCGACAGCAGCACAUACUUGUCCUUUUCUGCUUCAACCAGCUGCUUGGGCUGUGGUAUGUAUGUGUGUUUGUGGUUCCCAGGGAGGAGGAGCCAUGUGCAUUGGCAAUGAUGAUGCCCUCAGACCACGGUUCUUUUGGGGACAGGCCCUGGAUGCCAGGCCCUAGCAAAUGCAGACUGUGUGAAGACCUAGUGUUUUCAAAGCCAUGUCAGGGUCUCUAAGCAGGGUCUAACCUAGGGAACUAGGUUACUGCCCACUGCCAGGUAUGUGAGACCCAGGUAACUAACAGCCAAGAUCUUUAUGGAAGAGAGGGCUGUGAGCAAGUGAUAGACAGGGCAGAGGUAGAGAAGGAGGAAAACGUUCCUGCUGCUCUUGGGAGCCUUUGUGUCUUGGCCACUUGACUCAGGAGAAAUGGUGAAGGAGCCAUUGUGCCAAGGCUUCCUUGUUGGCCUCCUUGCCAUCUUUUUCUGAACUCCAGUAGCUACCUUGAAGCAAGCCUCUUUUUGAUUUCUGAACAGAGGCUAGCCUGGGGUCCUUUGCACAUUCCCAGGGUUCUCUCUGCCCUCUGCUUUGCUCCUGCACACUACCCUCCUUUCGGUUCAGCUAUUUUCGUGCCAGCCUCUUGAGUUUGCCUGGGCUGCCCUUUCCACCUGGGUGCCCUUCAUCUGCCUCCCAAGACCCAAACAGACAUCCUGUCUCCUCCUCCUGACCUCCAAGAGAAUGAGUCAUCUCUCUUUGUCUAUGUCAGUGGCCUAGCGUGGAUCUCUGAAUGAUAGGCCCUUCUGCCUUGCACAUGAGGCUAGAGCAGCUGAGCCCCAGUGCCUCCUUCCAGGGCCCACAGCCAGGGGCGGGAACUAGAACUCAGAUGCUUGGGAAUGCUUCCUGGUAGGGGCCCAGGUGAAGUGCAGAGGGUAGCAAACUCAGAGGCCCCUUUGAUCCUUGGCUGGUGCCUGUUCUCUGUGAAGAAAGUGUGUGUGUGUGUGUGUGUGUGUGUGUGUGUGUGUGUGUGUCCAUGCUCCUGUGCACUAGGAAGAAACCUAGGGGACUGGAAGAAACUGGCUCAUCCUGUUUCUCCAAGAAUGAGGUUGCUUGCCUGGAGCAAUAGGGUCCUGUGAAGAGGAGAAUGGUUGCUCCAGGGCCCUGGAUAGGGAAGUGGUAUGUCAUUGGUUGGCAGCUGUGGAUGAGAUGUUGGAACCAGCCAAGGAAUCUUUUCCCCUUGCUCUCUGGACUCAAUGCCAUCAGUGUCAGCACAAGGAUCUCAUCUGGCGGUCGGGUACUGGAAGAAGCGAGGGGGAGAGCGCACCGUUGCAGAGAGACGGCAAGAGAAAAGGGAGACUGCGAGACGCGCCACGCCGGCGCCCCAAGACCCAGGAGGAGCCCGCAGAUAACCAGCCCGAGUCAUGCAGUCUUUUCGAGAAAGGUGUGGUUUCCAUGGCAAACAGCAAAACUACCCACAGACCUCCCAGGAGACAUCGCGCCUGGAGAACUACAGGCAGCCGGGUCAGGCUGGGCUAAGCUGUGAUCGGCAGAGGCUGCUGGCCAAGGACUACUACAGCCCUCAGCCCUAUACAGGCUAUGAGGGUGGCACUGGUACACCUUCUGGCACGGUGGCCACGGCAGCUGCAGACAAGUACCACCGAGGCAGCAAAUCCCUGCAGGGGAGGCCAGCUUUCCCCAGCUAUGUUCAAGACAGCAGCCCCUACCCAGGGCGCUACUCUGCCGAGGAAGGUCUUCAGACCUGGGGGGGCCCUCAGCCACCGCCUCCUCAGCCACAGCCUCUGCCCGGGGCAGUGAGCAAGUAUGAGGAGAACCUGAUGAAGAAGACAGUUGUGCCUCCUCCAAACAGGCAGUACCCUGAGCAGGGCCCCCAGCUUCCCUUCCGGACUCACAGCCUGCAUGUCCCACCACCACAGCCUCAGCAGCCCCUGGCUUACCCCAAACUCCAAAGGCAGAAACCACAGAACGACCUUGCCUCCCCUCUGCCCUUCCCCCAGGGCAGCCACUUUCCCCAGCAUUCCCAGUCCUUCCCUACCUCCUCCACUUAUGCCCCAACAGUGCAGGGUGGUGGGCAGGGGGCCCACUCCUACAAGAGCUGCACAGCACCAUCUGCCCAGCCUCAUGAUAGGCCGAUGAGUGCCAAUGCGAGCCUGGCUCCAGGGCAACGGGUCCAGAAUCUUCACGCUUACCAGCCUGGCCGCCUUGGCUACGAGCAACAGCAGCAAGCACUUCAAGGCCGGCACCACACCCAGGAAACACUCCACUACCAGAACCUCGCCAAGUACCAACACUAUGGACAGCAAGGCCAGGGCUACUGUCCCCCGGACACAGCUGUCAGGACUCCAGAGCAGUAUUACCAGACGUUCAGCCCGAGCUCCAGCCACUCCCCUGCACGGUCUGUGGGUCGCUCCCCUUCCUAUAGCUCCACCCCGUCACCACUGAUGCCCAAUCUGGAGAACUUCCCCUAUAGCCAGCAGCCGCUUAGUACUGGGGCCUUCCCCACAGGCAUCACAGACCACAGCCACUUUAUGCCCCUGCUUAACCCGUCCCCAACAGAUGCUGCCAGCUCUGUGGACCCCCAGGCAGGCAACUGCAAGCCCCUGCAGAAGGAAAAGCUCCCUGACAACUUGCUCUCAGACCUCAGCCUGCAGAGCCUCACAGCGCUCACCUCCCAGGUGGAAAACAUCUCCAACACCGUGCAGCAGCUCUUGCUGUCCAAAGCUACCAUGCCACAGAAGAAAGGGGUCAAGAGCCUUGUGUCCAGGACUCCAGAGCAGCACAAAAGCCAGCACUGUAGCCCUGAGGGCAGCGGCUACUCAGCUGAGCCAGCGGGCACACCACUGUCUGAGCCGCCGAGCAGCACGCCACAGUCCACCCAUGCUGAGCCACAGGACACUGACUACCUGAGUGGCUCCGAGGACCCGCUAGAACGCAGCUUCCUCUACUGCAGCCAGGCCCGGGGCAGCCCCGCCAGGGUCAACAGCAACUCCAAGGCUAAGCCUGAGUCUGUGUCCACCUGUUCUGUGACCUCACCUGAUGACAUGUCCACCAAGUCCGACGACUCUUUCCAGAGCCUGCACAGUACUCUGCCCCUGGACAGCUUCUCCAAAUUUGUCGCAGGCGAGCGGGACUGCCCGCGCCUGCUGCUCAGUGCCCUGGCACAGGAAGAUCUGGCCUCCGAGAUCCUGGGACUGCAGGAAGCCAUUGUUGAGAAGGCUGACAAGGCCUGGGCUGAGGCUUCCAGCCUGCCCAAGGACAAUGGCAAGCCACCCUUCUCACUGGAGAACCAUGGCACCUGCCUGGACACUGUGGCAAAGACUUCAUGGUCACAGCCAGGGGAGCCGGAGACCCUCCCUGAGCCCUUGCAGCUGGACAAGGGUGGCAGCACCAAGGACUUCAGCCCGGGGCUGUUUGAAGACCCCUCUGUGGCCUUUGCCACCACUGACCCGAAGAAAACAAGCAGUCCCCUGUCCUUCGGCACCAAGCCUUUGCUAGGGACUGCCACUCCUGACCCCACCACAGCAGCAUUUGACUGCUUUCCAGAUACACCCACUGCCAGCUCGGUGGAUGGUGCCAACCCCUUUGCCUGGCCAGAGGAGAACCUGGGCGAUGCUUGUCCUCGUUGGGGCCUCCACCCUGGUGAGCUUACCAAGGGCUUGGAACAGGGUGCAAAAGCCUCAGACAGCGUGGGCAAGGCAGAUGCACACGAGGCCUCUGCUUGCAUGGGCUUCCAGGAGGAUCAUGCCAUCGGGAAGCCGGCAGCCGCACUGUCCGGGGACUUCAAACAGCAGGAGGCAGAGGGGGUGAAAGAGGAGGUGGGUGGGUUGCUGCAGUGCCCCGAGGUGGCCAAGGCCGACCAGUGGCUGGAGGAGAGCCGCCAUUGCUGUUCUUCCACUGACUUUGGGGACCUGCCACUGUUGCCGCCCCCUGGCAGGAAGGAGGACCUGGAAGCUGAAGAGGAGUACUCUUCUCUGUGUGAACUGCUGGGGAGCCCUGAGCAGAGGCCCAGCCUGCAGGACCCGCUGUCCCCAAAGGCCCCGCUGAUGUGCACCAAGGAGGAGGCAGAGGAGGCGCUGGACACCAAGGUUGGCUGGGUCUCUCCGUGUCACCUCUCCGGGGAGCCUGCUGUCCUACUGGGCCCCUCUGUGGGUGCCCAAUCAAAGGUUCAGAGCUGGUUUGAAUCUUCUCUGUCACACAUGAAGCCGGGAGAAGAAGGGCCGGAGAUGGAGAGGGCUCCAGGUAGUUCCGGCACCUCACAAGGCUCCUUGGCCCCGAAGCCUAACAAGCCUGCCGUACCUGAGGGGCCCAUUGCUAAGAAAGAGCCUGUGCCACGGGGUAAGAGCUUACGGAGCCGGCGAGUACACCGGGGGCUGCCUGAGGCUGAAGACUCUCCGUGCAGGGUGCCAGCACUUCCCAAAGACCUCUUGCUCCCAGAGUCUUGCACGGGGCCCCCACAGGGACAGGCCGAGGGGGCUGGAGCCCCAGGCCGGGGGCUGUCAGAAGGGCUCCCCAGAAUGUGUACCCGCUCGCUUACAGCUCUGAGUGAGCCCCAAACUCCUGGACCUCCGGGCCUGACUACCACCCCUACGCCUCCCGACAAACUGGGAGGUAAGCAGCGAGCUGCCUUCAAGUCUGGCAAGCGGGUCGGAAAACCAUCACCCAAGGCUGCAUCCAGCCCCAGCAACCCUGCUGCCCUGCCUGUUGCCUCAGACAGCAGCCCCGUGGGCUCCAAGACCAAGGAGCCAGACUCUCCCAGCAUGCCUGGCAAGGACCAGCGCUCCAUGGUCCUCCGGUCUCGCACCAAACCCCAGCAGGUCUUCCAUGCCAAACGGCGGCGGCCCUCGGAGAGCCGGAUCCCAGACUGUCGUGCCACCAAGAAGCUCCCUGCUAACAACCAUUUACCCACUGCGUUCAAGGUCUCCAGUGGGCCCCAGAAGGAAGGUCGGAUGAGCCAGCGGGUCAAAGUACCCAAGCCUGGUACAGGAAGCAAGCUUUCAGAUCGGCCUCUCCACACGCUCAAGAGGAAGUCGUCUUUCAUGGCACCUGUCCCCACCAAAAAACGGAGCCUCAUCCUGAGAAGCAACAAUGGAAGUGGGGGAGAUGGGAGGGAGGAGAGGGCUGAGAGUUCCCCUGGCCUCUUACGGAGGAUGGCCUCACCCCAGAGGGCCAGACCCAGGGGUAGUGGGGAGCCACCCCCACCCCCACCCUUGGAGCCACCUGCUGCAUGCAUGGGGUUGUCUACACAGUCAUCCCUGCCCAGUGCUGUGAGGACCAAGGUGCUGCCACCGCGAAAGGGCCGCGGCCUCAAGCUGGAGGCCAUAGUGCAGAAGAUCACCUCACCUGGUCUCAAGAAACUCGCAUGCAGAGUGGCGGGAGCCCCUCCUGGGACACCCCGGAGCCCAGCCCUGCCUGAGAGACGUCCAGGGGGCAGUCCAGCCGGGGCGGAAGAGGGUUUAGGAGGAAUGGGGCAAAUGCUACCAGCAGCUUCCGGAGCUGACCCAUUGUGCAGGAACCCAGCCAGCAGGUCCCUAAAAGGUAAACUCUUGAACAGUAAGAAGCUGUCCUCUGCUGCUGACUGCCCCAAAGUUGAGGCCUUCAUGUCCCCGGAGACCCUGCCAUCACUAGGGACUGCCCGGGCACCGAAGAAAAGGAGCCGGAAAGGCAGGACUGGGGCCUUGGGACCCUCCAAAGGUCCGUUGGAGAAGCGGCCGUGUCCGGGCCAGCCUCUGCUCCUCGCUCCCCACGACAGGGCCAGCAGCACUCAGGGCGGAGGUGAGGACAACUCCAGUGGAGGAGGCAAGAAGCCAAAGACAGAGGAGCUGGGACCGGCCUCCCAGCCCCCCGAAGGCCGGCCCUGCCAGCCCCAGACGAGGGCGCAGAAGCAGCCGGGCCAAGCCAGCUACAGCAGCUAUUCCAAGCGGAAGCGCCUCAGCCGCGGCCGGGGGAAGACCGCCCACGCUUCACCCUGUAAGGGACGUGCCACUCGGAGAAGGCAGCAGCAGGUACUGCCCCUGGAUCCUGCAGAGCCUGAAAUCCGACUCAAAUACAUUUCCUCUUGCAAAAGGCUGCGGGCAGACAGCCGCACCCCAGCCUUCUCACCUUUUGUGCGGGUGGAGAAGCGAGAUGCGUACACCACCAUAUGCACUGUCGUCAACUCCCCAGGGGAUGAGCCGAAACCUCACUGGAAGCCAUCCUCCUCUGCUGCCUCCUCCUCCACCUCUUCCUCCUCCUUAGAACCAGCUGGGGCUUCUCUGACCACAUUCCCUGGAGGCUCUGUGCUGCAGCAGAGGCCCUCCCUGCCCCUCUCCUCCACCAUGCAUCUGGGGCCUGUGGUGUCUAAGGCCCUAAGUACCUCUUGCCUUGUCUGCUGCCUCUGCCAAAACCCAGCCAAUUUCAAGGACCUUGGGGACCUCUGUGGCCCCUACUACCCUGAACACUGCCUCCCCAAAAAGAAGCCAAAACUCAAGGAGAAGGCGCGGCUGGAGGGCACCUUGGAGGAGGCCUCUCUGCCUCUCGAGAGAACACUCAAAGGCCUGGAAUGUUCAGCCAGCACCACUGCUGCCGCCCCUACCACAGCCACUAUCACUACCCCCACGGCCCUGGGGAGACUGUCCAGGCCCGAUGGCCCAGCUGACCCUGCCAAGCAGGGGCCCCUGCGCACCAGUGCCCGGGGCCUGUCACGGCGACUGCAGAGUUGCUAUUGCUGUGAUGGUCAGGGGGACGGGGGUGAGGAGGUGGCCCCGGCUGACAAGAGCCGCAAACAUGAAUGCAGCAAAGAGGCCCCUACAGAACCUGGUGGGGACACCCAGGAACACUGGGUCCAUGAGGCCUGUGCUGUGUGGACCAGCGGGGUGUACCUGGUGGCCGGGAAGCUCUUUGGGCUGCAGGAGGCCAUGAAGGUAGCUGUGGACAUGCCGUGUACCAGCUGUCACGAGCCCGGGGCGACCAUCUCGUGCUCCUAUAAAGGAUGUAUCCACACCUACCACUACCCAUGUGCCAAUGACACAGGUUGCACGUUCAUUGAGGAGAAUUUUACUUUGAAGUGCCCCAAACAUAAGAGGCUGCCUUUGUAAUCCCCGUGUGGCCGAAACUCCGAGGAAGAAGAGCUGCGCCCUCAGCCGGUCCUUGAUCCCAUCCCGGGUCUAAGUUCCGGCUGCCUUGGGCGCUGGCGUGAGGCCUAGGUUGCGAAGAAAACCGGGGCCAGGCUUGGCGAAGGCAGGCCAGGGAGUGGCCAGACCCAGGGCACAAUGUCUCAGGCGGGGUGCAAGUCCCCUGCAAGUUCUGAAAAAGACGUGGCAUGCAAGCUGUGCCCCCGGGAAGAGGCUGCUGGCUCAGUGGAUGUCGUGGGGCAGACCCAAGCCUUUCUUAGAGGCCCAGCAGCGGGGGACAUGGCCCAGCACUUGGCAUGGAUCUGCCCAAGGUCGUGGCAGCCUGGGCUCAGGCCAGUCUAUCCUUGAUGCGGGCUGGCCUGGGGUGGCGCCCUAUGGCUUCUGUUUGUCCCCUUUCCAGUCUUCCACCCCACUGUUGGAGCCCCGUCUGGAAGCCUGAGGAGACUGGGCCUGGCUACCCUCUAGCAGAUGUGCAGCUGUCCCAGACAAAACACCAACAUGGGAUUCAGGGACUGCCACUCAGCUCACUCGGCUCAUGGGCGGAGACAGUGCUAGAUUCGUGUACAAACCUGUGUACCCCUCUAUAUAUAUGUUACAUAGAAUGUAUAUAUGUUGGGAACAUGCUCGCUUCUGUGUGUCGCUGCUGUGCGUCGUGUGCUCCACAGCAGAGCCCUAACCUGGCCUUGGCUGGGGUCGGGGCCAAAGUGAUGCCCCUUCCCCGAGCAACUACCACCGUCACCACCACCACCACGGCCAGCCCCCACCUGUCCGUUUGUGUCCUCAGCUCUGUCCACGCUUCAAUAGGCCUGAUGCAGCCCCCUCUCCCUGCAACGUUCUGUACAUAUGACUGUAAAAUGGUAAACGUGUGUAUUAUAUCUGGCCUCGUUAUAUAGUGUAUAUAUAUGUAUACAUAUACAUAUAUAUAAUAUAUAUGAAGACUGUAAAUGUUAAGACAACUAGUGUUCUUAUUAGUAUAUUGCUUCACACUGAAGAUUGUGUGUAUCGAGCUGUUUCUAAAAGAUGUUUAUUUUCCUUAAGAGUUAAAAAAAAAAAAAAACAGUCAUUGCAUUCAGAAAAAAAAAAAAAAG